UUGUGUGGGUUUUGAAAUGAUCUCUCCUCAUUUGUUUAAAACCUUUUUUCUCAAACACUUUUAUCAUCUCUUUUGUCAGACCUCUCAAUUUCUUGUCAUUAAUUCCAAUGCCUUCUCCCCACUUUCAUGUUGCUUUUUUCUAAAUCUUAUUAUUUCAUAUAUCAAACCUUGAAUAAAAUAAUUAUAUAUAUUUAUAAGGUGUUUUUUUCCUUCAGUGAAAUCUCAUUCAUGGAUACCUUGUUAAGGUUGGUUAAUGAUCGUCUUGAAUCCUCUGAUCAAUAUUCUUAUAACAAUAAUUCAAGCAGCAGCUCAAAGAAUUCUAGUGAUCAAAAUCAUUAUAAUUUCUAUCUUCAAAACCCACAAUCUCAAGAAUGCUUCAACAAUUUGUUCAUGGAGGAUGAAGAUCAUUUCUCUGCUUCCUCUUCUUCAAGUCACCACCACCACCACCAACUCCGACAGCUUCAAUGUUCCACCACCACGACUAGUACUACAUCCACUGGUGUUGUUGCUCCAGUUGAUCAAGACCCAAACUUUGAUCUUUCUGAAGAAUGGGCUUCUACAAUACUCCUCCAAACAGCCAUUGCUAUCGUCAACAAUAACACUCCUCGAAUCCAACACCUCAUGUGGGUGUUGAAUGAGCUUGGUUCUCCAUACGGCGACAUCGAUCAAAAGCUAGCGUUCUACUUCCUUCAAGGCAUGUUCAGUCGGGUCACCGACUCAGGCGCCAAGUGCUAUGGAACCUUGGCAGCAGCAUUGGAGAAACAGUCGUGUUUCGAGUCGAUGAGAAGAAUGGUGUUGAAGUUUGAGGAGGUGAGUCCAUGGAUGAGAUUUGGCUAUGUUGCUUCAAAUGGCUCCUUAAUGGAAGCUUUACAAGGUGAAAAGAAGUUGCAUAUAAUUGAUAUUGCUGGAAGUUACUCCUCAUUUUGCACUCAAUGGCCAACUUUUAUUGAAGCUUUGGCAACACAAUCGGACCAAACUCCGCACCUUACUCUAACUACCUUGGUUGCAGCCAAAUCGGAAGGAACCCUACGAGCUCAUAAGUUGAUGAAGGAAAUAAGUAGAAGACUAGAGAAGUUCGCAAGGCUUAUGGGAAUUCCCUUCAAAUUCAAACCCAUUUUCCACUAUGGCGACGUUUCGCACUUCGAUUUUACAAAUUUACCCCUCAAACACGACGAGGCCGUCGCCGUCAACUGCUCCGGUGCCUUGCGCUCCGUCGCCCCCCUUCAAAACCGCCGCGAUUUUCUCAUAUCGUUAUUCCGAUCAUUGCGGCCCAAGAUUAUCACUGUCGUUGAGGAGGAAGCCGAUCUCAACGCCCACGGCGGCGCCGACGACUUUGUCAAACACCUUCAGGAGUGUUUACGGUGGUUUAGGCUUUACUUCGAUUCUUUGGACGGAAGUUUCCCGGUCGUCACUGACGAAAGGCUAAUGCUUGAACGCGCAGCUGGACGCGCCGUCGUGGACUUGCUUGCACGCGGGCUGGCGGAAUCGGUGGAGAGGCGUGAGACGGCGGCGCGUUGGGUCCGUCGUAUGCAUGACGGCGGUUUUAAACCGGUGUCGUUUAGUGAGGAUGUAAAUGAUGAUGUACGCGCGCUAUUGAGGAGGUACAAGGAUGGGUGGACAGUGAUGGAUGGCGACGGAGCUGGAGCCGGGAUGUUCUUGGCUUGGAAGGGGCAGCCGGUGGUUUGGGCCGCCGCGUGGGUGCCUGGACAGGUAGACGGAGAGAAGACACCCGUGUGAAUUUAGCCUUCGCACGUGCUUUAGUGUAUUAUUUUUAUUUAUUGAAAGACUUAUUAAAAUUUGAUUCGAUCCGAUUUGAACUCGAGAUUUUUUAGUCCUUAAGUCCGCAAAAGAUCCUUAGCAAUCUAUCCUGGUAUUUUGUUAUA